UUACUCCUCUGAGUUUCUAAAUAUCCAUACUCAUCACAAUCGUACACAUAGAUACACCAAUACACACACGCACGCGAUGGCUUCAUCAGCGAUCAGAGCUCGUAGUUCGAAGCACUUUCUCUCUCUGAUCACAGCACAGUAUUCGGCUGCCACCGAGUCGCUGUACGGAAAUGGAAGAGCUUGGGAAUUCGCUCCCUUACGGAGAUCGAUGGCCACUUUCACUCGAACAAAACCACAUGUAAAUGUGGGUACCAUUGGGCAUGUUGAUCAUGGAAAAACUACAUUGACUGCUGCAAUCACAAAGGUGCUCGCAGAAGAAGGCAAAGCCAAGGCUGUUGCUUUUGAUGAGAUUGACAAAGCACCGGAAGAGAAGAAGAGAGGAAUUACUAUUGCUACAGCCCAUGUGGAGUAUGAAACUGGUAAGCGGCACUAUGCCCAUGUAGACUGCCCAGGACAUGCAGACUAUGUCAAAAACAUGAUUACUGGAGCUGCCCAAAUGGACGGGGGCAUCCUGGUGGUAUCUGCUCCAGAUGGACCCAUGCCACAGACCAAGGAACAUAUUUUGCUUGCCCGCCAGGUUGGUGUACCAUCUUUGGUAUGCUUUCUUAAUAAAGUUGAUGCUGUUGAUGAUUCGGAGCUACUUGAACUUGUUGAGAUGGAACUCCGGGAACUGCUCAACUUCUACAAAUUUCCUGGGGAUGAAAUUCCUAUUGUUCGGGGUUCAGCUUUGUCUGCCCUACAGGGGACAAAUGAUGAACUUGGAAGAAAGGCUAUUUUAAAACUAAUGGAUGCUGUGGAUGAAUACAUUACCGAUCCUGUACGCCAGCUUGAUAAACCUUUCUUAAUGCCAGUUGAAGAUGUUUUCUCGAUUCAGGGACGCGGCACUGUUGUCACUGGCCGUGUUGAACAGGGUACCAUCAAAGUUGGUGAGGAGAUUGAAAUCUUGGGGUUGAUGGAGGGUGGGCCUCUGAAGACUACAGUCACUGGUGUAGAAAUGUUUAAGAAAAUUUUGGAUCGUGGACAGGCUGGGGACAACGUGGGGCUUCUUCUACGUGGUUUAAAACGUGAUGAGGUACAAAGAGGGCAGGUAGUAGCAAAACCUGGCACCCUUAAAACGUAUAAGCGUUUUGAGGCGGAGAUCUAUGUACUCACAAAAGAUGAAGGUGGCCGCCAUACUGCGUUUUUCUCGAACUAUAUGCCUCAAUUCUACACGAGGACUGCAGAUAUUACAGGGAAGGUGGAAUUGCCUGAAAAUGUUAAGAUGGUGAUGCCUGGUGACAAUGUGGCUGCAGUUUUUGAGCUCCUUUCAGCUGUGCCUCUUGAAGCAGGACAAAGAUUUGCUUUGAGAGAGGGAGGCAGAACAGUUGGUGCAGGAGUUGUCUCAAAAGUACUUGGCUAAGAUACGGCUAAUGUCACUUAACAGUGAUAUUCGUAUCUACUCAUUUUAGGAAAGAUGUUAACAGAUAUCAGGAGGAUAAGUACAAUUUCAGGUGAUUAGGGACAUGUAGUGCACUUAGGAGUUGACACUUGCUUUAGCCAGUGGUAGAGAGGUGAAUAAGUUGAAUAUUGAUUUAUUUGAAUUACGUGCAGAGAAAUGUUUAUUUCCUUCUUUCUGUUCAUAUUGAAAACUUCUGCAUUUGAGGAAUGUUUCUCGCUUCAUUUAGGAUGAAUUAAGGUCCAUGAAACGAGCAGUGGAAAAUAUCAAUGAUGUCUUUGUGGUUAGGCUUAUUGAUAUCUACUGAUCCUUGUUGAAAUUAUGACUUUCGGCCUUCAGGUCUAGUGUGAAUGAACCUGUUCCUUUAUUGUUCUGUCUGACUGGUUCGGGUCAACAAGACAUGACUUGUAAAAUUAGUGUUAUUUGUUGUCCUUUCAAUCUUGCUCUAUGUAGCAUUUGAUUAUAUGACUUCAGGGUGAAGGGAUAGUAUUACCAUCCAAAAGGAUUCCGGCCUAUCUAAAGGUAAUGUAUUAUUUCUGGGUUUACGUAUAUUUGUUUCCAGUUUUAUGGACAUAAGAAAAAUACUUGAAUUACUUGCAUUGUGAAUAAGAUGAUUAGUGAUCAGGUUGGAUGUAGCAUUUCAAUAUUCAUAAGGUUGAAAAAUAGCCAAUCUGAGUCUGAGCAUCUUCCGAGCCAUCUGCGAAGUGAAAAAGAAGACUCUGUCUAUAACGGCCUGAUAGAAGGAAUUGUAAACUGACAUGUUAGACCGAUUUCUGUGAAGUAACCAUAGGUGUGUAGAAAUUGCUUCACAUAAGAUUCUCAACAGAAUUUAUGGGCAUAAUAAAUUCUCAAUAGAUAUAGCUUUAUUAUGGCAUCAUAGACAUUUCUGUUACUUAUUUAGUACAUAUAAAAAUAAUAACCUAUACGCUUCAUGCAUCCAUACACCAUUAUUGCAUUUUUCUCUGACUAGUAGAAAAAAAAUAUUAUUCCGAAAAAAAAGCUACUCUACAUCUCCAUAAAUUGCUUGUCAUCCAGUAAAUUCAUUGCGGUUUCAACUAGCGAGUGAAUCGUUGUGCUAUGCCGGCUCAUCCCAACGGCACCAGAGAAAACAUUGAAGCUUUCAAGCUCGGAAGUUGUCUCUAUGACAGACUCCAUGUCCUUUCUCAUUCCCAGAUCCUUGAAAAUUUGAACAUUUCUUUCCUUGUGUCUCAUCAUCCAGAUUGCCAACUCUACGACGAACCUCCUUAUUCUUGGAGUUUUGGUUGCUGGAAUUGGAUAUUUUCUUAGAAUCUGAACCAGAGCCCUAGC